UUAUUACAUUGCAUAGAAAGCUAAAGACAAAACAGAGAGAAACAUACUAAACAGAGAGAAAAGAUAAGAGGACACAAUGAGACGUCAACCACGUCAACGUCACUCGCCACCGCAGUCUCACUCAUCUCCGUCGUCGUCGUCAUCUUCAUCGGAGUUUGAAUUCAACAUCUCAAUCUCGCCGCGAAAAGCUUUUUCUUCGCUUUGUCCAGCAGAUGAGCUCUUCUACAAAGGUCAGCUUCUUCCUCUCCAGCUUUCACCUCGUCUCUCUCUCGUCCGUACACUCUGUUCUUCUUCUACUUCCUCUUCUUCUUCCUCUUCCUCCACCGCACGUGACUCCACCGAAUCUUCCUCCUCCACUGACUCCUCCACCUCCUCUUUUCCUCUCCUCCACGCUCCGCCGCUAGAUUGCUGUGACUCUUCGCGCACUAGCUCUUUCACCGAUGAAGAAGACAUCUUCUCUAAAGAGACAAAGAAGAGUGGUUUCUCGCUCUCUAGACUUUCCUCUGUUUUCAAGAAAGAUCCCAAAACGGUCUCCUCCGCCUCUCCUCCUCCUCCGUCUUCGUCAGUUAAGAGAAUGAGCUCAACGGCUAAAGAGGUGAUUCGAAAAUACAUGAAAAAGGUCAAACCUUUAUACGACAAGUUAUCUCAGAAACAGAGCACCACCGCCACAGCUUUGAAAACAGAGUCCUCCCACAAAGACUUGAAAACAGAGUCGUCUUUCUCAGGGAACCUAAUGAAAUACACGAAACGAGGAAGAUGCGCGGCGAGCUGUCCGUCGUCGAUGAGGUCAUCUCCGAGUCACUCCGGCGUGCUGACACGUGGUGGGUUUCCUAGUUGUGGUAGCAGCAGCAGCAGCAACAGUGUGUCUUCUUCAAUGGAAGAGCUGCAGAGUGCUAUUCAAGGAGCUAUUGCUCAUUGCAAGAACUCAAUGUUGCAGAAGAGUUUGGUUAGUAGUCAUGAGAUCUAGCAUUAUAUCUUGGAAUCAAAAUCCAUUAUAUGUUCAUGUCUUUCUAGUCAUUUUGAAAUUUGAGGCUACUCUCUUAUCUUAUAAUUGCCAUGUGUGAUCCAAACAUCCGAUAUAAUUAACGAUGUUAUGGUUAUUUUUAUUUGAUACUGGUGUUAUAUAAGUAGAACUAUCAAUUAUGUUUUGAUUAACUUAAACUCAGAAUAAGACAUUGUAGUUGGUGGGUCAUUUCAAGAUCCAUCUUGAUUUCAAUUCCUUUUCAAAUUA